UUAAUUUGCUAGUACCUUCUAUAUAUUUUUAUUCAUAAAUUUUUUAAAGAAGAAAUAUUCUACAGCUUUAAUUGACAAAAUGGUUUCACGUUAUUUGUUAGAAGGUAGUAGCGAUGAAGAAGCUACUCGUGAAUCUCAAGAAGGUAGUAUUAAUGAAGAAGCUACUCGUGAAUUUCCAGAAGGUUGUAGUACUGAAGAAGCUACUCUUGAAUUUAAUGAAGAUACUAAAUCUCGUGAAGAAAAAUCUCAUCGUUCUCAAAAUGAUAAUAAAAGUAAUGAAGAAGAAAUUCAGAACUCAGGAGAAGUGACUUCUAGCGAAGAACCUCAUCCUGAACAUCUAUCUCAGAGUGCUAGAAUUUUGAAUCAUCGUGAAUUACGUUCUAAUAGGCCUGAGAACGUUGCGGGACCCUCCAAUCGCAGUGAUACUGAAGAUUUACCAUCAGGGAGUUUUAAUCUUUCUGUUGAGAGAAAAUUACUUGAAAAAUCAAUCAAGAUUAUGAUAAGGACCCUGAUAGCCAGCGCUUUCUCAGUAAGUGUUGACUUCCAGCAUUUACGGUUAAUUUAUACAUCAAGUUGGCGGUAAUUCUUCACUCAACAACAGUUGUAAGCAAAUUGACGGAAAUCUACGGCCGCAACUUGAAUACAAGUUAACAAUCAAACUUGUAGUUAAAUUUCCUUUCAACUUUACUACAAUUUGACGGAAAUACUUGUACAGCAAGUUUUGACGUCUAUUUGCAGAGUAAGUUAUAGGUAACUAAUAGGUAAUCGCUCGCUUUGCCAACUCUUUCCGUCAAGUUUGCUUCAAAUUGCGGACGUAGAUUGACAGUAAGUUAUAGGUAAGGUUGCU